AUGUGGGGGGCGGAAUUUGGAGAGCGAUUUCGUGUUGGUCAUUGGUGGAGUGUAGUAAAUGCAAACACAGAACAUAAUUAUGAGGUUGCAUUGGGAAAUUUGAAGUCUGCUUGGGCAUGGAAGCCCUCCGUUAUUAAUUAUGUUGAGACAACGUGGUUGAAUCCACAUAAGACCAAGUUUGCUAAAGCAUGGACCAACAACGUGCUUCAUUUUGGGAACACAACCACAUGUAGGGUGGAGAGUGCACAUGCAGCUCUGAAAGCGUGGCUACAAACUUCCACUUGUGCCUUGGAUACGCUCUUCGCACGUGUUAAUUUGUUCAUAGAUAGCCAGAUGAUCAAGAUCAGGGAUAGCUUAGAGAAAUCUAGGGGCAGAAUUGGAAGACAACAUAUGAUAGAUCCUUUUCGUCAUUUGGUUGGUCAUGUCUCCCAUUACUGUCUCAAUAUGCUGAAAAUGGAAAACACUAAACGCCUAACCAUGGGUAGGGAAGUGUUUGAUUAUUGUGGUUGUGUGCUUGUGUCUUCUUUUGGUAUCCCAUGUGCAUGUGCCAUACAACUUGCUAUUAACGAAAACGGGGGAUUGUAUCUUGAUGAUAUUCAUUUUCUUCAAGAGUUUGGAGGGUAUAGCAGCCCUUAUUCGUCGCAGUUACACCCAGAGGACGAGGGAGUUCAAGAGCCUCAUGUAGUUACUUCUACGAGAGGUAGGCCUCCUGGUUCAACAUCUACUAGACGUGACCCGAGUGGUUUCGAACAUGCCCAGCACGAAUUCCGGGAUAGAUCAAGGUCUCGUAGUCGUACUCGUACAACUACGACGACCCGAUCUACUAGAGAUGGAGAUUCAAGUGCAGCAAAUCCAUCGACUCGUACUAGUGGAGAUAGAGAUUCAAAUGCGACAAGAACAUUUGAACCGGAGAGAUUUGAAAGAAGAGCAGAUCCAUUUCCUUACGCAGAUAACGUACCCGAUAUCAUCAUCCCUUUUAUAGUUGGGUGGAAUGACGUCUUAGGUGAUGGGAACUGCGGAUUCAGGUGUGUUGCUGAUGCUUUCAAUGGUGGAGAAGAUCGUUGGCCACACGCUCGUCAACACCUUUACAACGAAAUUUCAAUGAAAAAAAUUUACAGGAUGUUUAUGGAGGACGAGAGUACGUCGAUAGAGCGAGAAUUCGUAUCAUGCACACCAGAGGUCCUGCUCGUCGGGCACAUUGGAUGGAGUCUAUUGCUGAUUUGUAUGCUGUUGCUACCUUGUACAAUUGCGUUGUGAUGUACUUUACAGUGGGGGAAUCAGGUACUUUGUGGGUUGCUGCACUAUUCUACCAUUGACUGCACCAGUCGAGGUCACACGACCAUGUUAUGAGUUUGUUAUGGUACACCUUGGAGCACGUAAUCAACACUACAUCCGCUUAUUCAUGGCUCCUAAUUUCCCGAUGCCUCCAAUUGCAGUACAAUGGUUUGAUUUGAGAGAUGAAACUGUAGUUGGAUGGGAGACUUAUUAUGCUAGCCGGAUUAAUUUAUGGAAUGUUCAUCAUAGCGAUUAAAGUCGAUAUUAUUAUUGUAAUUGAAUAUUAGAGUUAGUUCAAAUCUGGGCUGAAUCAGCACGACUAGCUAUGCCAAGCUGCCUGUAUAAAUAGGCUAGUGUAGCCGCACCCCAAGAAUACCGGCUCACAUCCUGUGGGCUACAAGACAAAAACGACAGUGGCCAAGGACGGACUCGGUUACCACUCUUAUCAACGAAUAGAGUGGCACCAAGGAGGGUCAGCAUAUAUCCUCGAAACUGGUGGGUCGGACUCCGAUCCGGAGCAGAACAUCUCUCUAUCAAAGAAUCAAUGAAUACACCACCACCGGACCAAUG